AUGUAUGUCUACCGCAACAAAGAUCUACCCCAAGAUCCAUCUUUCCCAUCAGAUCUCAAGGAACUGGGAUAUUUCAUCAGUGACAAGGAUCAAAUCCGUCGGAUCGCCAACCCAGAGGAAGGCUUCAUAUUCAAGAUCAACCGAAAUGAGCGCUUCAACAUCGUACAACGGGAAGCUAUGAAUGACUGCAUCCGCGAAAUCGUCGCGGAGCGUCUCACUGAUGCUGGGCUGAAAAUCCUCCCUCUCCCACUCGACACGGAACUAGACGAGGCCCAUGUCCCAAUCCUAGUCUCCAAGGAAUUUCAUGAGAAGCCUCGCAUCAUCCUCUACCUCGGCGAACCGAACCAAGACCUUGGCAUAUUCGCUUACCGUGCCAUCCAUGAAGGGAUCAGCUUCGGUUCAGCAGUUAACUUGACCAAGGCCGCGUUGGUAGACAAAAAUGUCGGUCUCAUAAUCGGCAACACAGGUCAAUUGAUCUGGCACAAUGAGUCUGUACGUGCCGUAACCCAUCAGACCUGGCAAGCUAUCCCUCGCCCCUUCGCAAAUUGGGGCCAGGCCACAACAAGCUUGCGCAACAAGAUCCCCGGCCACCACAACUGGGACCAGCAUGUCCAAUACAUCUUUGAGAAGGUACUAUGGCCCAAAGUAGGAAAAGAGACCAGCAUCGAUAUUAUCGGAAUGUCAGAGGGUGGACAUGCAGCCGUCAAAUAUCUCCAGAAAGACUGGCACGUCUGGAAACCAUACAUUUCCGGCAUAGCUCUCGCUGAUCCACAGCAAACCACAUACUGUGACAUUGACAUGGGCAUGCUUACGGAUCCGCAAUCCUUUACUUCAUUUCUUGCCUCGCGAUGCCGGGCGUACAUUCUUUCCGCGGAGCCUGUUGGAACUCCCCAGCCUGGCUAUCGGACUUACGGCUGCAACUGCUAUUCUUCGGGGGAGAAUCUCAAUACCGAAUGCAUUAUUCCUGCAGCGUGGGAGAACAUUCUUGCUUGGCUAAAUGAAAUUGACAAGAACCCUGAAUAUUCCGAGCAUGUCAUGUUGUGCGACGAGGACAUGGAUGAGGCGAUGCUUCGUGAAUUGGAAGAGCAGGCGAAAAAUGAGCUUACGGGUGAGGCUGCUGAGAUUGAGUGGCUGCGGGUAAUAGGUGAUGCAGCUGCAGCUGAAAGGGACGGUAAAAGGGCCGCUGAAAAGGAAGCUGAAGCUGAGGAAGAAGCCAAGACCAAGGAUGUCCAGGAGGAACAUGAUGAUGAGGUAGAAAAUCUGGGGGAUUACUAUGAGCAGAUGAAACCACUCGAGAUCGUUGGCACUGAUGCUAAGGUCAAGGGUGUCGAGGAAGAUGGCACGGUGGAGAAUCUGGGAGAUGUUUCCGAAGAGAUGAAAAAAGCUUGA